AUGACUGAAGGAUCUAGGAGGAAUCUUGUCCAAGAAGACUACAUUGCUGAACCAUGGGAAAAGGUUAUGGAAGCUAUUCAAAAGCACGCAACGGCUACCCAUAAUAUGGUACAACAAAUGGCAAUGCAAAGAGAUGGCCCUCCAAAUGCCAAUAGGGUGUUUUAUGAUUUUCUUAAGUUGCAGCCUCCAACAUUCCAGGGCAGCCACAAUCCCUCAGAGGCCCAAGCUUGGAUGGAUGAGAUUAAAAAGGAAUUUGAAGUAGUGCCUUGUAUUGAAGAACAAAAAGUGGCAUUUGUUGCCCAUCUACUAAAGAGUAGGGCAGAAUAUUGGUGGAGGAGUGCAAAUACAUAUCUUCAAACUCAAGGAACCCAUAUGAAUUGGGAACAUUUUGAGGUGUCCUUUUUAGACAAGUAUUAUCCAAAAAGUGCCAAAAGACAAAAUGAGUUGGAGUUUGUGCACCUGCAACAAGGAGACAUGUCUGUUGUAGAGUAUGUUGUUAAGUUUGAAGAAUUGGCCAGAUUUUCUCCACAUGCCCAGUAUGCACCCAUAGAAGAAUGGAAGAUAAACCAGUUUGAAUGGGGAUUAAGGCCUGAAAUCAGAGGGAACAUAGGCCAUAUGGAGCUUACUAACUAUUCUACUCUUGUACACAAGAGCUACAUUGUUGAAGACAAUUUAAAGAAGGUACAAGAGGAGAGGCAUGCUAAGUGGCAACAAAAGAAAGAGUUUGGAAAAUUUGGCCAACAAUUGAAGGUAAAGACUCUCCAAGGGAAGGGAAAACAAGUACAUACCUCCAGUUCCCCAAGAGCAAGGAAGUGUCUUAAGUGUGGCAGAGAUCAUGGGAGAGAGUGCUUGGUUGGAAAACAAUUCUGCUACUACUGCAAACAACCUGGACAUAUGGCUCCCUUUUGUCCAAUACGCCAAAAACAAGCAGAGUGCAACCCAAACUAG